AUGAGUUUAAAAAAUGAAGAUGAAAAAAAUAAAACCGAAUUUUUUGUAUGUGCUGACAUAAAUAAAAAAAAAAUGAGAAAAAUUAUAAUUUCUACUGAUAAAAAGAAGCAGAAAAAACUACUCAUUAAAAGUUUGCAUAUAAAUUUUAAUAUGAAUAAAAAUGAAAAAAAUAAGAAAGAAAAAUUGAUGAUUUCUAUUGACAAUUUUUUACCAAAAGAGUUAAAUAAUGAGAGUAUAAACAUAAAAAAAAAUAAAAAUGAGGAUGAAGAUUUAGAGUAUCUACACAGUUUAAACACACUGAAAAAACAAAAAAUGAUGAAAAUUGUUUGUGACUUUUUUUAUAACAUUUUAAUUUUUUGCAUAAAUAAAAAUUUAUCUCUUGUAGAAAUAUCUACAUUUUUAUCUAUAAAAAAAUAUAUAUUUUUUAAAUUUGUAAACAGCUGUCAAAAUAUAAUAAAUCUUUUCUUAGAGUUCAAAAAAAUCAUGUUAAAGCAUUCUAUUAAUAGAAUACCAUAUUAUGUUAAAGUAUUUUCAUACUCUUCUUUAGAUUUAUUAAUAAGGUAUUCAUUCAAAACAUUUUUCAAGAAUUUUUCUUUCUAUAAGUUUAUUUUUAAUCCAUCUUACAAAAUAUAUUUUGAAUGUAUUGAUAAUAACUCUACUAUUUGUGAGGAGAAAGAUUUUAAUAAAAACGACGACGCAAUUCCUUAUAACUUAAAUACUCCUGAUAACAUAAAUUAUAUUAAAGAUCUAAUUAGACUUAAUGUUGGAAGUAUAAGUAAUUUAAAACAAAAGGAAAUUAACAAAGAUUCUCCCAUAAAGGAAAUACAAAAAUAUUUAUAUAAAUUUAAUAUAAAGAAUGAUUAUAUCGUUUUUGAAAUAAAUGAAUUUAAGAAAGAUAAAAAUCUUCAAAGGAUAUUUAAUGAUAUGAAGAACAAUAAUGAUCAAAUACAUUCAAUGAACGAUAAAAAAAAGAGUGAAUUACAACAUGAAAAAUCAAUAAAUAAAGAUAAAUUGAUAAAAAGGGUUGAUAAUUUAUAUAAUGACUUAGAAAGGAGAAUUGUAUCAAACUUAAAUCAACUUUUAAAUAAUGAAAAGUAA